GGGGCGCGGCGCGCCUGCUGGCUGUUGACAGCGGGCGGGAGAGCAAGGCGGUGACGGGCGGUUGCGUGCCCGCGCACAGUCUGUCAGUGGCGGGAGAGCGCGGUCAGUGCGCGCUUCUCCUCCUCACCGGCAGCACCAUGAGCGAGUGCGGCCGCCGCAGCGGCGGCCACCGGAGCUCCUCCGGCUGCAAGCGCGCCCGCAAUGGGGACAACAAAGUGACGGUGGCCCUCGGCGCGCAGUGGGGCGACGAGGGGAAGGGCAAGGUGGUCGACCUGUUGGCCACCGACGCCGACAUGGUGUGCCGCUGUCAGGGUGGAAACAAUGCAGGCCACACUGUUGUGGUGGAUGGAAAGGAAUACAAGUUUCACCUUUUCCCAAGUGGUAUUAUUAAUCAAAAAGCUAUCUCUUUUUUAGGGAAUGGUGUUGUAAUACAUCUGCCUGGAUUGUUCGAAGAAGCUGAGAAAAAUGAAAAAAAAGGCUUAAAAGAUUGGGAGAAGAGGCUGAUUAUUUCAGACAGAGCGCAUCUAGUGUUUGAUUUUCAUCAAGCAGUUGAUGGCCUCCAAGAGAUCCAGCGGCAAGAACAAGAGGGGAAAAUUAUUGGCACAACAAAAAAAGGCAUAGGACCAACAUAUUCUUCCAAAGCAGCACGCACUGGUCUCCGUGUCUGUGACCUUUUGGCUGACUUCAGUGACUUCAGUGGCAGAUUUAAACUUCUGGCUCAGCAAUAUCAGUCCAUGUUCCCAAGUCUGAAAAUCGACAUUGAAGGACAGCUUAAAAAAUUAAAGGAAUACGCCGAACGUAUCAGGCCGAUGGUACGAGACGGUGUUUACUUUAUGUACGAAGCUAUUCAUGGUCCACCUAAAAAGAUUCUUGUGGAAGGUGCCAAUGCAGCGUUACUAGAUAUCGAUUUUGGAACAUAUCCAUUUGUGACAUCCUCUAAUUGCACUGCUGGAGGUGUGUGUACAGGACUGGGAAUCCCUCCAUCAUGCAUUGGAGCUGUGUAUGGGGUCUUCAAAGCCUACACCACCAGAGUUGGGAUUGGAGCAUUCCCAACUGAACAAAUAAACGAAAUUGGUGAAAUGCUUCAGUCACGAGGCAAUGAAGUGGGUGCAACGACGGGAAGGAAGAGGCGUUGUGGCUGGUUAGAUCUAGUCAUACUGAAAUAUGCUAAUAUGAUCAAUGGAUUCACUGCCUUGGCACUAAUGAAGCUGGAUAUUCUGGAGACCUUUGAUGAGAUUAAAAUCGGUUUAGCGUACAAACUGAAUGGAAAGAGAAUUCCGUAUUUUCCAGCAAACCAGGAGAUUCUGAAUCAGGUGGAGGUUGAAUAUGAAACACUUCCGGGCUGGAAGAGCAGCAUCACCGCUGCACGAACAUGGGAUGAUCUUCCUCCAAAGGCUCAAAACUACAUCAGAUUCAUUGAAAACCACGUGGCAGUCCCAAUUAAAUGGAUUGGAGUUGGAAAAUCAAGGGAGUUUAUGAUCAAACUUUUCUAAGAAAAUAACAGGACAAGACUGGAUAAUUUGAACAAACAACCAUUUUAUUUGAGGAUAUAUAACUGACUGCUUUCCUAUUUCAAUUCAAAACUGUUUUAUAGUUGAACUGUUCCCGAUAUAGUGUAAAGUAUAAUUAUUUCACAAUAUCAGUUGUGUAUAUAAACAGUAAUGUAUUUUUAACUGAAGGAAGAAAUACUUGAAAUACCUUUCUUACUGUUCAUGUUCAUAUUGAAACAAAGUAUGGCAUCGAACCGCUGAUUGCAAUUUCCUUUAAAUGUUGAAUGAAAGACAUGUAAUACUCAUGAUCAAUUACACCUGGAGUAAUAUCAUUAAUACCACUCCAUAAUUUGUGCCUUUAAUGGAGGUUUUACUAAAAAAUCAUUCAUUUGCAUCUACUUUUUAAUUUUGUGAACUAACAUGGUAUAAAAAUGCAUGAUUUGCAGUGUUGGAUGUAUCCUGUUUGUGUUUGCAAUGAUUUAUACAGAAAAUCAGUCAGCUCACUCGUAUGAUAUAAAUUCUACACCACAGCUUCUUGUUUUUAUUUUAAGUAUGCCAGUAGAAUGUUUUUUUUUAAAGUAUACCAUAAUUAAAUGUUUUAAUAUAAUUAAUGAUGGCUUAAAUUACUUGGCAAUAGGUAAACAAUAUUCAAAUCAAAAUGUAAAAUAUUUGCUGAAAAAUUGCAGUCUAUGGCUUGAGUUGAACUAUUUAUUAAACAAAAAUGAGACAAACACUUUAUUUGAUAUUUGUCUUUAUCAAAAUAUCUUCGAGCUGUUGAUCUUUUUGAAAAUCAGAAAUGGUGCUUCUAUUUCCAAGUGCCCUGUAAGAUAUAUUAAGCAACAUAAGUAAUGCAUGACUUGAGAUUAUGUAACCACUCUAAUGAAUCAAGUUUCACUCAUCUGUUAGUUCUAACUUACGUCAGGGUUAAUGUUGUAUGAUGAAUCAUAUUCUGUCUUCCAUCGAUAAGUAUCGAGUUCCCCAAAUAUAUCUUUUGGGAUUCUUUUUGGUGUCUCACUUGAUAGUUGAAAAUUACUGUAAGGACUGACUUCACAGUUUAAUUCUUCAAUUCUUCUUGCAUAAUCUGCACUGUUAUGUUUAUUAAACAACCAGUUGUUAAUGAACAAA